CCGGGAGUGGAGCGCACUCUGGGAGAGCUUCAUUCAAUCCAAAAAAGGUACCCUUCCACCCCGGAACUGCUAGCGGACCUCAUAUACCUCAGGGACUACGAGCUUACUCCAACGGGAAGGCUCGUCAAAGACGUGCUAAUACUUGAGAAUGCCACGGCGCCCUGUGGUCCAAGAUACCGUCACCGUAUACAAGGCGCCGAGACCGCUUGGGAGCCGCGAGUGUCGCAAGGAAACUUGCUGCUCAAAGACAAAGGCGGCGGAGGGGCUGAUGGCUCGUUUCUCUUCGCCGGCGAGAUCGCGCGCAGCGAGAACCGGGGGCUCGAAGAAAUCAACAAUAAAGUCUGGGAAUACUACCACAUGUUUCACAAAUACGGAGCUGGCAUGGCAGUUCUCAUCCAGGUGGGAGCCAACGUGGCUGCUGUGGUUUGCCCCCAAGGUUCGCGGAUUCGUACAUUUGUUGGUCGCAACGAUAGCCAUACUCCAUCUCCAGAGGAUAAGACUAUUGACCGGGGCGACCUGAUUACCCUUCUCGGAGUGCAUACAUUGGGUCAACAACGAUUCGAGGACAAUGCUAGGGCAGGUGAUCCUCACUCGACAACACCGGGCGUGUGGAGCACAAACUUCUACAGAGAGACUGUGAAGACUGAUUCGGCACAGAGAGAGGAUAUUCAAGUUUCACAGUAA